CGUAUAAUACACAGAUACGUCGAAGAUUCGCUAUAGAAUCUAAAAUAAUUCGCUGAUCAUAUUGAAAAAUGUCAUGUUUCGAUUUAACGUUUGAAUCAAUAAUGAGUAAAUUUUUUCAAUAUAUAUUCCUCAUACCACUGUUAAAUUGAACUUGAAACUUGAAUUAUUUUUACAUUAAGUGUAUAGUCGUAGCAAAGAGGGUUAUGUUUAUGUCUUUAAUUGUAUGUGUCCACUUUUACAUGUAUUUUAUAGAUAAUAGUAGUUAUUACUGUAAAUUGAACAACACUAACGCGACAAUUUUGUCGAAACUCGCUCAGGUCAGAGAUAGACACGCAAUAAAGCAGAGCCAUUAAAACAAGAACAAGCAGUCAUUAUAAUUCCAACUGAACAAUAAUGGAUGUUGAUGCUGUGACAACUUCUAUCAGUACAAUGAAACUAAUAGAACGAGGUGAAAAAUCUUUCAAUGAAAAGUGGUGGCAUUUUAAAUUAAAUUACAAUAUAGAAAAUGUUAAACUACUUGUGAAAACACCUGAAUGCAAGAAAAAUCGUACCCACUACUUUAUUGAAAAAGUUCAAGUACGUGUGUUGAAGCAAGAUAUAUGUAUCUUAGAGAAAAAUGAAAAAGAAGGUGUACUUAGUGAAUAUUUUAAAACUAAAGAAUUUCAAGAUCUAAAACGUUCAGCUAAAUAUUGGUUACAGAAAUUGUUGAAAGAUUUAAGUUCUUUGAAAGAAAGAUUAAAGAUUUCAGAGUAGACAAUGUUACAUAGUCGAUGUGACUUAAAAUGACAUUGCAAAACUAAUUGCUGGAUAUGUUUGUUGGUUAUAAAAGUGGAUAAUUAAUAUACAACUACUAUUCAAGGAAAACUUAUCAAUAUUCACACAUAUAGUUCCCCAACAUAGUGCAAUGUGUUUUUUUUAAGGCUGUGGUAUUAUGUACAUCUGUAUGUUUUGUAAAAAAGAUACAUUAUGUGCUUGAGAAGUCAAAUAUCAUAUAUUAACAUAAAAUUAACUAUGUAUUAUACAUUUCAUUAAAAGUCUUAUAAGUUUAUUAGUAGAAUAAAUGUAAGAUGAUUAAAUUUCUUUGUCUACAAGUUAACGCAAAAAUCUUUAAAAAAUUCUAAUAAAAUAAUUUUUUUACUCAUACUAAGGUUUGCUUUGUACUUUCCAAGUGUAAAAAUACCGCUACGUUAUGUCAACUAAAUCUAUGUCAACUAAAUCUAUGUAUAAUAUAUUACAUCGCCAAUCAUUUGUUCUUUUAUUCUAUAGAUAUAGAGAGG